AUGGAUUACCUCUCCCGAUUCACCACGACCUCGUCAGCGGCGAAAUACUACUGCAACCGUUUCAACGUGCCCCGCCUUGCCGAAGGACCCAACCUCGCGCUCGCGCUAUUUGGCUGUAGCUUCUUCUUCGCCGCGCAGGCCGCAUCCCGCUACUGUUCGCGCAGGCUGUUCCCCAAAAUCUUCAAAUCGCUUGAUGAGAAGACGAGGAACGAUUGGGAUCUGCACUUUGUAAGUCGUCCGGCUAAGCGCAGCCUAGCCUCCGUGAUGGUUGAGCCCCACUUCUGCGAGCCCGAGGAUUUUCGGAGAGCUGACACCGAAGCGGCCUCUUUGACAAACCUACAGACGGGCUGGGUCCAUGCUCUCAUCUCGGCCCCUAUAGCGCUCUACCUCAUCUGGAAUCCUUCGCCUCAACUGGUGCGCGACCCCAUCUUUGGCUACGCCCCCCUCGAAGGCGCCGUCUUCGCCUUCUCUGGUGGCUACUUUCUGUACGACCUCCUCGUCUCGCUCGCGUUCGUCAAGUCGCAUGGGAUCCCUUUUGUUGUUCAUGCCACGUCAUGUUGCUUCAUCUUCUUCAAGGUAGGGGGAGGUUUUUGUGUCGGGCGAAUAUUAGCUCACCUAUCUCCUAUCGUGCGUAGGCUUUUACCCCUUUUCUGAAUGGCAUUGGUCCUACGUUCCUCAUUGUGAGUCGAGGCCGAGGCCCGAAUCAGAGGGGACAACUAUUCAUUUCCGUCAUAUACUGAAUUGAGUGCGGGCUUGCAGUGGGAGCUUUCCACAAUGUGAGUGCUGCGCCGUGACUACUGCCAUUUCUCUCCCUACCGAUGCGCCGAAAGUUCUGAAUUGAGGCGAUAUCUCGCCUCUUGCAGCUUUCUUCACCCCCACUGGUGGCUCGAUAAGCUCAACAUGACCGGUUCUACGCUUCAACUAGCUAAUGGAGUCGCACUCCUUUCCGCGUAAGCAAUCUCACAUUUUGGCUCACCUGUCCGACCCCGAAGAUUCAAACUUAAUCUUCACCGAGCUGCCUCCCUGUAGUUUCUUCGGCGCCCGCAUCGUCUACGGUGGUCUGAUGACCUACCGCCUAUGGAACCUCCUCGACGCGCCCAACAUCGACCCUAAACUACGAUGGGGAUUUAGAGCGGCGAAUUUGGCUUUGAACAGUGAGUUGUAGUGCUGUCGAAGCCUGCUCGGCUUAAACCCCCUCUUCGAGCACGUCACUGACAUAGAUUGUCUUCUCAACUUACACGGCUUACAGUCUUGAAUUGGUCUUGGUUCAUAUUGAUGAUUCUUUCUGUGUACAAGCGCUUGGGGGCGCGGGAAAGGGAUGCGAAGGGGGGCAAAGGGAAGAAAACGGUUCAGGGUAAGAAGGUAGACUAG